AUGGACAGUCAAUUUGCAUUCGUCGGGUCGAACUUUGUCGUCGUGUGCGCGGACACGACUUCGGUGCAACAAAUCAUCGUCCAGAAAUCAGACGAGGACAAAAUCCUCCAACUGGACAAAACGAAACUUUUCGCGCUCUCCGGACCGAAAGGCGACGUCUCGAAUUUCGGAGAAUUCGUGAAGUGUAACUUAAAUUUGUACCGAUUGAAAAACGGACGAUCGUUGUCGACAUCCGCGGCGGCGCAUUGGACGAGGAACGAGCUCGCGAAAGCGCUGAGAUCGGGGCCGUAUCAAGUGAACGGUUUGUUCGCCGGGUACGACGACCAGAGCGGACCGGAGUUGUAUUUUUUGGACUAUUUAGCGACCAUGCAUAAAGUGAAUUCGAGCGGACACGGGUACGGAGGGAUGUUUUCCUUGUCUUUGUUCGAUAAGCACUGGGUGCCAAACAUGUCCAGAGCGCAAAGUUUAGAGUUGGUGAAGAAAUGCGUGGCGGAGAUUCAGGAGAGAUUGGUCGUCGCGCCGGAGAAGUUUUUGAUUAAGAUUGUUAGCGAGAAAGGGGUGGAGCAAAUGACCAUGGUCACCGCGACGGGGGAGAUUACGAGUGGUGGACCAUCGUCGGCGAUGCCGUCGUCGUCUGCCGCCGUCGAUGUAGAGAUGAAGGCGUAA